ACUAUUCCUUUAAAUAUCUACUAAAAUAUGUUCUAUUUUCUUUCAUCCUCUUACACUUCUUCCUGUUUUGGAGCUGCGUAAAAAUUUCUGGCACUCUCUGGACAAGUGUUGCAGUUGUUAACACACUUUAACGUGCUUCAUGGGGGAAAGGUUGCCCCCCUCUGGUGCCCGCUUAAUUGGUACAGCCCGAGCCUCAGUCAAUGGAGUUUUAAAACCUCGAUGUUGCUAGAAUGUGCCUUUUAGAGUAAGGGAGGGGGUUUGUCCUCACAGAGCUGCGGUCGUUACAGCAGUUCAGCAUCAUCACCGUCUGUGUGCAGCAUCUCAGACAGGUGCGGAGACUGAAGACAGAGGCAAAGACUUUUUGAAGUAAGCCAAAUUAGAUUGAAAACUGAGACCAUGACCCAGGGAAAGGUUUCAGUGACAAACAAGUCAAACAAUGGCUCGGAUGUUCAGCCGAUGGCCUCAGCUCCUCCAAGUUACGACGAGGCAACUGCUGAAGGUGGAAGCCCUUGUCAUAGCGGAGCCUAUCCUGGAGAUAGUGAGAUGCUCACCGAAUGCAGCUGGGAUGACAAAAACAUCAGGAGGAUAUUCAUCCGCAAGGUGUACACCAUCCUGAUGCUCCAGCUAUCUGUCACAUUAGCCUUUGUGGCAGUUUUCAUUUUCUGUGAACCUGUGAAAUAUUACAUACAGGCCAACCCUGGCUGGUACUGGGCAUCAUAUGUGGUGUUUUUUGUCACAUAUCUGACCCUAUCCUGCUGCCGUGGACCCCGGAGGCAGUUUCCAUGGAAUCUGAUUCUGCUCAUUAUUUUUACUCUGUCUCUUUCUUACAUGACAGCAAUGCUCUCCAGCUACUACAAUACUAAAUCUGUCAUCAUCUGCCUGGGUAUCACUGCCUUGGUGUGUCUUGCUAUUACUAUCUUUAGCUUCCAAACCAAGAUUGACAUUACUUCAUACCAAGGCGUGCUGUUAGUUUUUUGCACAGUAUUGUUAAUUUGUGGACUUUUCCUGGCAGUCAUCCUGCCCUUUGGAUAUGUUCCAUGGUUGCAUGCUGUGUACGCUGCCUUGGGAGCAAUACUGUUUAGCAUGUUCCUGGCAUUUGACACACAGAUGCUGAUGGGGGAAAAGCAAUGCACAAUAAGUCCUGAGGAAUACAUCUUUGCCACCCUCAGCAUAUACCUGGACGUUGUUUACAUCUUCUCUUUCUUUCUCCAGUUGUUUGGAACUCCUGAAAGGCAGUGAAUGUGCCGUUAACCUAAAGCUCCAACUGCUCUUCUUUUGUCUCUCUGAUCUGAGUGAUCAUGUCUUUCCAGCAUGAUAUGGAUCUUCAGUGCACGCUGUUGUUUAAACUCACCUCAGCUUUG